AUGCCGUCCUUCUUGGUGAGCCGGACGAUGCAGUCGUCGGACUCGCCCAUGCGGCGGAUGGCUCCGCACACGACGUACAUCUUGGAAGUGUCGGCGGCGCGGCCGGUGGCGGGGUCAACGUCCGCGAUCACCAGCUGCACGGACGCGUGGUCCUUGGCGUGGAUCAGACGGUUGCUGGCCGAGCAUUUCCUCGGGCAGUACAAGUCAACGAAUUCUCCAGCGUCGUUCUGCAUGUUGUAUGUAAUGCACACUAGCCACGGAUAUGACAAGCGAAAGAAAGAAGCAGUGUUGCCAGUUGCUAAUAUCUAA